GGCGUGUCUCCCCGUAUCCCCUCUCAUAGCUAAAGCACCUCGGAGCCACCUUGUCUUUACACCGAAGCGCCUGCACACAGGACAGACGCGCGUAGCCAGCAUGGCCGACGAUGUGGAGGAAAAGCCGGAAGUGCCCGCCGGAUCUUGGAGAUUCCAGUGCUGCAGGCCUGUGCGGCGGACCAGCAGCGAUGCAGAAGGACCCCGAGUGCACCCCUUCUCCCUCCGAGUCCACACAACCGCCCAACUCGGCCAGGGAGCCCGAGGUGGUGCCUCCGGGAGAUUCAGAGGACUGCGCCCGGCCACUAGACACGGUCCCCAAGAAACUCUGUGGGUAUUUAAGUAAGUUUGGUGGCAAAGGACCCAUCAAGGGCUGGAAAUGCCGCUGGUUCUUCUACGACGAGAAGAAGUGUCACCUGUAUUAUUCGCGCACCGCUCAGGAUGCUAACCCAUUGGACAGUAUCGACCUCUCCAGUGCCGUCUUUGAUUGCAAGGUGGACGCCGAGGAUGAGGGCACUUUCGAAGUCAAGACUCCCAACCGGGUUAUUACCCUUAAGGCCGCCACCAAACAAGUGAUGCUAUACUGGCUACAGCAGCUGCAGAUGAAGCGCUGGGAGUUCCACAACAGCCCACCUGCACUUCCCGUCACCCCUGCUGCCGGCCUGUCUGGGAAUGGGUCCACCCUGCACCUCAAGCUAGAACAAGAGGAGGCGGAGCUGGAAGAGUUCCUGUGUCCUGUGAAAACACCCAUCGGACUUGUGGGUGCAGCAGCUGCCUUGCAGCCUGUCCCUGCCAUGCCCUUGGCCCUUCAGAACAUCUCCCUGAAGCAUCUCGGAACGGAAAUACAAAACACCAUGCACAAUAUCCGGGGCAACAAGCAGGCCCAAGCCAUAGGCCAUGGACCACUAGUGGAAGAGUCUUCACAGGGUGUGGAGCCUCAAGGUGGUGAGCAGCCCUCAACCUCUGAUCCCGGUGCUCCAGCAGGAAAAGAGCCGGAGGAGCCUCCCAAGCCUAUACCCAGGUCCUCUCUGCCCUCAAGUCCCAUACAGAAGCCUAAGCGACAAAGCAACACCUUCCCAUUCUUUUCUGAUGGGCUGGCUCGCAGCCGCAUGGCCCAGGAAAAGGUGGCUGCCUUGGAACAGCAGGUGCUGAUGCUCACAGAAGAGCUAAAGUCACAGAAGGAGCUUGUGAUAAUCCUGCACAAGGCACUGGAGGCUGCCCAGCAAGAGAAGCGAGCAUCCAGUGCUUACCUGGCAGCCGCUGAAGACAAGGAUCGGCUGGAGCUGGUCCGGCACAAGGUGCGGCAGAUCGCGGAGCUGAACCAGCGGGUGGAGACUCUAGAGCAGGACCGAGAGCGCCUGGCGCAUGCGGCUGGCCUGCUGGAGCAGCAAGUGCAGGAGCUUCAGCAGCACGUGAAGCUGCUCAUGGAUAAGAAUCAGGCCAAGCAGCAGGUCAUCUGCAAGCUCUCCCAGAAGCUCACCGAAGACCUUGCCCAGCCAGAGCAGCCUGCCAACGGUGACUUCCUGAGCCAGCAGGAGAGAAUAGAGCACCUGAAGGAUGACAUGGAAGCAUAUCGGACCCAGAACCGGUUCCUUAACUCUGAGAUCCACCAGGUCACCAAGAUCUGGAGGAAGGUGGCAGAGAAAGAGAAGGCCCUGCUGACCAAGUGCGCCUACCUCCAAGCCAGGAACUGCCAAGUAGAAAGCAAGUACCUGGCCGGGCUGCGGAGGCUGCAGGAGGCAGCGGGGGCUGAGGCUGGAGGCUUUUCUGAGUUGCUGCAGCAGCUGGUCCAGGAGGCACUACAGUGGGAAGCAGGAGAGGCCUCAGGCAGCGUGGAGCUGAGACCCAUCAGCAGCGAGUAUGAUGAUUAUGGCUUCCUGACGGUGCCGGACUACGAGGUGGAAGACCUGAAACUGCUAGCCAAAAUCCAGGCCUUGGAGGUGUGCUCCCACCAGCUGCUGGCCCUCGAGGCUGUGGAGCGGCCACUAAGGGAACGCUGGGCUGCCCUGACUGAGCUGGCACCCUCAGCUGAGCUCAAGCAGCUGCUGCGGGCAGGUGUGCCGCGAGAGCACCGUCCACGUGUCUGGAGGUGGCUGGUCCACCGCCGCGUCCGGCACCUGCACUCCCCAGGCUGCUACCAGGAGCUCCUGGCCCAGGAGCGGGCAUGCGAACACCCCGCUGCCCGCCAGAUUGAGCUGGACCUCAACCGGACCUUCCCCACCAACAAGCACUUCACCUGCCCAACCUCCAGCUUCCCAGACAAGCUCCGCCGAGUGCUCCUGGCCUUUUCCUGGCAGAAUCCCACCAUAGGCUACUGCCAAGGCCUGAACAGGCUGGCGGCCAUUGCCCUGUUGGUCCUGGAGGAUGAGGAGACUGCUUUCUGGUGCCUGGUGGCCAUCGUGGAGACCAUACUGCCAGCUGAGUACUACAGCAAGACACUGACUGCAUCCCAGGUGGACCAGCGGGUGCUCCGGGACCUCCUGUCAGAGAAGCUGCCCCGGCUGACGGCACACUUGGGGCAGCACCACAUAGACCUCUCCCUCAUCACCUUCAACUGGUUCCUCGUGGUCUUUGCCGACUCUCUCAUCAGUGACAUCCUCCUGCGAGUCUGGGAUGCCUUCCUCUACGAAGGGACAAAGGUGGUGUUCCGAUAUGCCCUGGCCAUCUUCAAGUACAAUGAGGAGGAGAUCCUGCGGCUGCAGGACAGCCUGGAGAUCUACCAGUACCUACGCUUCUUCACCAAGACCAUCUGCGACAGCCGGAAGCUCAUGAGCAUCGCCUUCAAUGAUAUGAACCCCUUCCCCAUGAAGCAGCUGCGGCAGCUGCGGGCAGUCCACCGGGAGCGGCUAGAGGCCGAGCUGCGGGAGCUGGAAGUGCUAAAAGCCGAGUACUUGGAGAGACGGGCUUCCAGGGGCAGAGCAGUGCCCGAGAGCUGUGUCAGCGAGGACGAAGGGGAAGGUGAUGGCUGAUCGGCCACUCUGCUUCCCAAAGCCUUUCUUACCUUUGCUGGCAGGAACACAGAACACAGGCAUGGGCCAGAGGUCUGCGUGACCCUGGAGAAGGCCCGUCUCCUCCCGUACAGACAAUGCUUGCUGGGAAAUCAUUGGUUGGAGUCUCUCUUCUAAGCCUCCCAGGCUUGCCAGCCUGUAUUACAGCACCACUGAGCACUUUAGCAUUGUAGGGAGACAGGAGGACAUUCGUGAUCACCCGGAGCGUUCUCUGAGGCAUGACUGUUUCGGUUUGGCUUAGGUUUGGUCUUCUGAGAUGGGGUUUUGUGGAGCUCAUGCUGGCCUCAAACUCACUACAUAAUUGAGCCUGGCCUUGACCUUCUGGUUUUCCUGUCUGAGGCACGUGGGGCAUAAAAAACAUCCUUCCACCUUUAGGACAGACACGCUCUCAUUACCAGUGUUCCUGGGCAGGCCAAGGUGUCAGGAAUGUUCCCUGGCACCCUCUGACUCAGGGCCUUGGUCCCUAUUCUUGUGGCAUUCCAAAUUAAAGACCUGCAUUUUCAGGGCAUCUGUCUUUCUGGGCAGUAGCCCCUCUGAAGUGCCACCUGGAUCCGUGUUGAGACCGCCCUGCUUGAGGGGACUGUUUCUGGAGCCCCAUGCCUGAGGCUUCCUUCCUUUUUGUUUACAACCUACUGGGGACAUCCCAGGAGAAACCCCUGCCUGCCACCCUGAGGAACUCAGGACAGUGGGCCCCAAACAACUAUCUACUUUAAUAUGCCCUUGUCAUGUGGGGCCAACGGGACAGGUUGGGAGGGCAGGUGGGGCUGCAGCCCGCCUGGCUCAGCAGAGCAAGUUGAACACAGUUUUCUGGCCCAGCGUAGCCCUGUUCUCCAUGUUCUUCCUAUCUUUUCAGUAGAGAGGGCUGCCUGCCCGGUGUCCUCCCUACCUAGGGCAGACAAGGCGCACAAGGAGUCCAUAUCUGUGCAAACUGUGGCUGCCAUCGGAGCCUUGAGCCUGGCUCUCAGAGGGCUGAGGGGGGGAGGUCUCUGUGGAGUCUGCUCUGGAAACUCCCAAAGUCAAGGCUCCUAUGGAGCUGGGGCCACACCCAUUGUAUACAGGCUAGCAUCUGAGAGCCACGGUGUGACCCUGAAGGCAGGGCAUGCCUGACACCCACAGAGUACCUUCCCUGCCCCACCCCCCCCAACACACACACCAGCUCCUGGGCUAAGGAGUCCUGUGCGCACCCUACACUGGGGCUUGCCUGCUGCCUCUGCCAAGACCUCUUACCUGCAGAGUUUCCAGGAAGUGGGAGAAGACGUAGGAGGGAGGUCUUGGGAUCUGGGCUGUACCCUGACUGGCACAGUAACCCUAGAGUGAGUCAUAGAGGAAGAGGCAGCUCAGCCCUGUGGAGCACGCAGCAGAGUAAAAGUUGUUGUUGGGGCCUGGUGCAAUGAAGUGCCCAAGGCGGUAAGCAGCCUGAGGAGACCUGGCGAAGUGGGGUCUGGAUAUCCCCAAAACAGGUCAAACGGUGGACACAGGCUGCUGAAUAAAUGGUUCCUCCAGCCCUUCUCUGCCACUCCCUCCCCCAAGCCACUGCCCCCACCUCUCCUUUUUCUCACUCCUCCCUAGAGGAGGUCUCUGCCCAAGCCGUUGUGCUCCUCCUUGAGGGACUAGACCAGCUUUCUUACCAAGCUACACCCUAGAAUCUUGGGCAAGCUUUUUUCUGUCCGUGUUGCUGGGCUUGUCCUCUGAUGCUUUUGGGGCCAUGGCGUUCUGAUAACCGUGGGAGGGUUAGAGUUCUGGGACUAAUUGCCUCCUCCAGCCCCGAAUGAGGAGGCAGGCUGAGGACAGCUUGUCCUACGGUUUUCACCCAGGUCAGGCUCCGGUGACAGGGCACAGAGAAGUUAAUGAAUGUCACACAGCAGGGGAGGGUGGGCAGGCCUGGUCUGUGAUGGCCUGUGGGCACACCCACAGGAUUAACUCUAGGAAGAGAAAAGGGGGCGCCAUGUGUGGUGGUACACACUUCUGGUCCCAGCAGGCUGGGCUACACCCUGGGCUACAUAGCCAGACAGUGUCUCAAAGAACAAAACAAUAAAAAGAAAAUGGAUA